UAUAUACUAACUUUACACAUGCAUUUCAUGAACACCAUACACAUUUCUGUUCCAAAAAAUGUCUCAUCAAAACCUUUUUUCUCUCAUUCUUCUUUUCAUCCUUCUUACUAGAGCUGAAUCUACAGUUAACAGAUUUCGAAUCCUAGAAGAUGAAUCUACCGUUGACAUAUAUCAUAUCCUCGAAGGUGGAGGAGAAUACAACACAUUCAUCAAAUUCCUCAAAGAAACAAAAGUUGGAGAUCGAAUCAACUACAAAGCCAAUUCCAGCGAUGGCGUGACAGUUUUAGCCCCAACAGAUAAUGCAUUCAAUAACCUCACAAAUAGUACAUUUGACGACGAACAUAAACUACAACAACUCAUAAAUUACCAUGUAAUCUCAAAAUUCUACGAAUUUGAUGAGUUACAAACAGUGCAUAACCCUGUAGAAACGCUAGCGACAGGGGAAGACAAUGAGCCUCUUGGACUUAACUUCACCGGAAAGAAAAAUCAACUGAACGUGUCAUCUGGUUAUGUGGUAACAAAUGUAUAUGAAAAAGCAAUAUCUAUUAGUCCAGAUCCACCAUUGGCUGUUUAUAAAUUAGACAAAGUUUUAGUGCCUUCUGAGUUUAUUGAUCCUAAAUCUCCAUCUAGUAAUGAUGCCCCUGCACCUGUACCUGAUAAAGCCAAGAAUGGUACUAGUGACGAUGAUGAAAUAACAGCUGAUGAUAAGCCAUCACCAAUAACUGCUACUACUACUAAGCCAAAUGAUGCUAAGAGGAUUAAUGUUGGAAUUCUUUGUUUGAUUUCUUGUGUUUUCUUGAUGGUACAACUUUCUUGAAGGUGGUAUAUCAGAGUUUUAGCAGAAAUAGUUCAUGUAUUAUAUAUAAUAUUAUUUAGUAUUAUGUUUGGAAGGAAUUUUGAGUCAUCUAUAGGGUCCAUUGGUAAGGAGUAUAGGUCGGAGAAAUGAUCCAUAUAUUAUGUAUUGUAUUGUGUUCAGUAGAAAUUUUAAGCCUAUGUAUACACCCUACAGGGUCGUUUGGUAGCAGAUUAAGUUCAUGUUAUAACGUUUUAUUUAAUUCACUGAUACAUGUACGUUGUCGUUUGUCAAUGUAUUUGCAGGAUGAAGUAAAGACCAAAUGAGUAAUGCCAA